CUGAAGAGUUCUGCUGUUAGGUACCACACUGUGCUACUUCUUCAUCUUCAAAAAUAUUGGGAUCCUUAACAUUUCACAAUGUGCAAAGGAUUGGCAACACUUCCUGCAACAUGCCUGAAAAGUGCCAAAGACAUCAAGCACAAAUUAAGCAUUUUGCUUCAGAAACAAGAUUCUCAAGAAGCAGCUCAAAAGCAGAACACUCAAAAGAAUGAAGUAACUGCAAAAAGGCAAGACAAAAGAGAUGUCAAACAACCCCAAGGACAAGAUUGUAGACCUGUAAAAGACUGCAAAGGGCUACAAGAGGCUGGGGUGCCCACUGCUGCUGAGGUGGAAGAAUGGAAGGAAUCGUUCGUCCAUGUGAUGGACAGUGAAAUUGGUCAAGCAGUGUUUACCCACUUCUUGAGGUCAGAGUUCAGCCAAGAAAACAUGGACUUCUGGGUUGCUUGUGAGGACUUCAAGAACACCUCAACUUGCAAGCUGGUGAAGAAAGCAAAGUUAAUCUACCAGCAAUAUGUUGCUGUAGACGCUCCAAAUGAGGUAAACCUAGAUGCUGUGACCAGACAGGAAACAAGGCUGAUGGUUGAGACUGGAUCUCUGUCUUGUUUUGACGAGGCUCAGAAGAGGAUAUACCUUUUGAUGGAGAAAGACUCCUACAGACGCUUCCUAAAAUCCAAACUGAUUCAGGAUUUGUCUCAAGGCCCCGAUUCUGCAACACGGAAGAACCUAAAUAGUGACUGCCACUCCACUGAUAUCAGGAAAGGAUGAGCUGGUGGUGCCUAGACAGGAACACACAUGUAAGAACAUUUCAGAAACUUUCGAAAAGGAUGAUACAAAGACAUGCAUUUCAUGUUCAUGUUAAAACAAUCCGAUGGCUUUCAAGGUGACUUUUCAACCUAAAAUUAACUUACACUGAAAUACGCCACAGCUUUACAGUUACACAGGUAGAAGCAGAGCUUACUGUACUUCACAGCAGUUACUGAUAGUUUGUUUACUUUCUAUGUUCAUGUACAGGUUAGGAUAAAAAUAAUAGUGUUAUAGUGAAGUUAAUAGUGUAAAAUUGGCAGUGUGUUGCCCAGUGUGGUGCCUGUGUGACAAUUUGUUUACUUUCCAUUUUUAUGACGCAGUUCUGGUAUUGUGCUCUUAUUUUCAUGCACCUGCUGCUAAUUGUUAUUUUGUUCAGUUGGCGUUUGUCUUGCUUUGUCAGAGCAUUUCAGUUGUAUGCCAUGUGUGUGUUUGU